UGAUGCCACACGUCUAUUCUGUCACUGACCCCUCCACGUCUCCGGAAGUUCCGUGGUUCGAUACGACACUGGCAGGACGACAUCUGAACGCCUUUUACGGAACAGCUGAGUCGCUGCGCGCUUCCGCAGCCUCCGAUCCUACAGGCUUGGGAGCAAACCUCCCUAGUCUUGUUUCUUACCGUCGUAGCACCAGAGACACACCCAUUUGCGUUCUGCAUUGCGAGGAAGGCAGUUCCCACCCACACUGCUCUGCGGAGAAAAUCUGGGGAUAUCGUGUCCAAAAGUGUUCCCAUUGCCUACGGGAUUCGUGUCCCUCGCAACAAGCCUACUUCGCUGAAGAUGACUACAGGAUACGCACGUCGACGACGCAUGCAGCGGCGUCACUUGGUGCCGCGGGCCGCAUCUCGAACUUGCAGGAACUUCGAAAUUUCUAUAGCUAUAGCGACGACACGGAUUUCAACGAUUGCUACGAAGGAUGCGAAACGCACAGCUUUUUUUGCGUGAACAAACAGGACAACUACGACUGCAUGAAACAGUGCAUCUCCCAGUGUCUUUGCGAAGAUCACUGUGAAGCGCUCGUCGAAGACGCUGCGAAUUGCGUGGAACAAGAUUUAUGGCGGAUUUGAUCAGUAAAAGCAACAGUCAGUCUUUUUGCGUUUUCCAUGCACUUGCAUAUCCACGUACUUCAGAUCAUUUUCAUCUUCUUGCUUGAUAUUUUCAAUCUUUCCACUUCUGACUUUCUAUUUCUUCAUAUUACGGCAAAUGGCUGAAUUUCGCGGAGCAUUUCGACUCUUUUUUUCCGGCUAUGGUGACCUUAAUGGAGCUUGCAAACAUGCAAGCUUUCGGCGACAUCAUGUAUAGAGGGAUCGACGCUCGUGGUGCCUAUUUGGAGCCUCGUCGCGACGAGUCAAAAGCAUCCAGCGUGUACUUCGUGCUCUUCAUGUUCCUCGGUGGGUUCUUCCUUUAUGACUGAAGGACAUUAAUACCAUUUACCAGGUCCAAGUAAGUAAUUGGUAUGCAACUAUGUUGAUGUUCUGCUUGAAUCGAUUAGGCAUCCGAAUGAAGAUAGACAACGUCCCUUCUUGAAGAAUUGACAAAUUCGACUUCAUCAAGGGGGUCUAAGAAUUGAUAAAGACAAUUCCCACGAGUAGACCGUUGAUUUUCCACUUGCUACCCUCUUCUAAUCUCUGUUGAACCUUUGCAUAGGCAUGAUUAUUGACAACUUCAACCGUGUGAAAACCGAAAGCGGCGCAGGUUCCCUUUUUAUGACACAAAGUCAACGAACAUGGGUGAAAUGCCAGGACAUGCUGACAAGCCAU